AUUGAAAGUGAGAGAGAUAUGUCGGUAAGACACGUGGUUAUGCGGCACAAGUAAAGGGACAUAGACUACUACAUGUCUAUGUCUUGGUUUCAAGUAUUGAUGCUAAAAAGAGAGUGGACAAAUGAGUAUGCGUGCUUUCUCAACCCACUAAUUCAUCAAAGGAGGUAAUGUUGUUGACAGUUCAUUCAAAAAUUGAUGGUUUUUUUUCUCUACUUUGGCAUGGUAGGUAUAUGUGAUGUGCACAUUCUUAGUACUUACUAUCAUCAACAUAUAUGCAUGCCAUUCUAUUCAUUCUAAUGAAUAGACUCACUAAAGAGUUUACUCUCUUCCCUACACAAUAAUGCCUGCAGGAGCUAGUUAGUUAUAGUUACUACUGCUUUAUUUCUUUUACUGCAAACAAAACGUAAAGGAAACGCCUCUAUACUCUCCUUUAUUCAUAUAUUCAACUUUUUAUUACUCAUACAUAGAGUCUGCUUCUUCAAGCUAAGUAAGUAAUAUUCGGUUCCUUCUUUCACACCACUCUUUUUUUUUUCACUUUACUUUUGAAAAACUGCAUCUAGAGUGAGGCCAUGAUGGACAGAAACAAAGGUGUUGAAGCUUAUACCAAUCACAUGGAUUGUUACUACUCUACUUCUGAUUUUCUUCCAUGUAAGAAACAUCCUUCUUCUUCUAGUUCUGGUGUUGGUGGUGGUAUUUGUGCUUACUGUCUUAAGGAGCGUUUGGUGAAGCUUGUGUGUUCGGAUUGCGGGGAGCAACGGCUUUCAUCUUGUUCUUGUUCUGAUGAGAUCAGUUCUAAUAGAAACUCGUGUUCUGUUGAGGUGGGAAGUGUUGGCAGGGUUUCGUUUCUUAUUGAGAAUGAGAAGAAUCAGACGAAUUUAAUUCAGCAUUUGAGUUCUAAGGGCAAGAUGAAUGAGAAAGAAGAAGAGGUUGUGGUGCUGAGAAGAAGCAGCAGUAGUUGUGUUGAUAUAAAAAGGCAUGGUUUUUGGAGAAUCGGGAAACUGUUUAGGAAGAACAAGAAGAAGGAUUAUGGAGCAACGAGUGUUGUUGGGUUUGAUGACAACAAGAGUGAGAUGUGGAUGGUGGAUCAUCAUCAUCAUGGGGGUGUGUCAAGGUCAAGAUCUCUGUGUAGUUUCAGGGGUGGUGCUAUAUUUGGAUCUGAAGAUGGUGGUGAUUCGGUUUUAUCAGGUGCUAGAAGUUCUAUUUCUGCAGCUAGAAGUUCUGGUGUGAAUGGUGGUUUGAUGUUGGAAUCUGGUAGGAGAAGUGGUUACAGUGAAGCAGAGCCAAGAAGAAGUGAUUUCUUUUAUGAGUAUGAGAAUGGUAGAAAGAGUGGAGUAAUGGAAGUUGAUGGAAGCUAUAUAAACAGACGCGUUUUUUCGCUUAGAGAGAGUGAUUUCAAAGGCAUGGAUGAAUCUAGUUUUAUUGACUUGAAGCUUGAUUAUUCAUCAGAAUCUAAGCAGCAUGAUUUCAACAACGCAAAGAUGGCUGAUAAUAGUAGUAAUAAUAAUGCACUUUCAGGCUCAGGUUUUGGAAGCAUAAAUGUUGGAGAUGGAGGUUCAUCUUGUAGAAUCACUGUGAAUGACAGAGGAAUGAAAAGUGGGAGAAGAAAAAGCAUCAAGGGUUGGAGAUGGAUUUUCAAAUAUCAUUCAAGGAAAAGAGAUCAGGACCUUAUGUUCAAAACCUGACCAAGAAAAGCAUCUUCCUAUGUAGCUUCAUUAGAGUGAUAGUUUUAGUUUUUGGUUUGAAUUGUCUGUAGUAGUUGCUCAUUAGACAUAUUAUCUUUCUUUGUCUACUAAUGUUAUUUUCAGUAUAUCACAUUUCUUGGAAA